UUCAAAAUUUACACCAGUCCUUAUAAAUAGCACAGGAGAACAGGUCAUAUCAUAUAUUCAAUUUACAAAUAUAAUAACACCAAUUACUAAAACACCCAAAAAAAAAAAAAUCUUUUUGACAAGAAAAAACACAAAACGUCAUUUUAACUUCUUGAAAGAGCCAUGCAACGUUCAGCAAUAACUUCCUCUUCAGCCAAGAAUGUGUGCAAUCAAAUUCUCCGGCUCAGGCGACAAAUCGAACCGGCAAAAAACCGGACACCAUGCGACGUGUUCAUAAACCACAGAGGAAUUGACACAAAAAGAAAUGUAGCAGGCUUGUUGUAUGAGCAUAUUAAGAAUAAUCUUGGACUGCAGCCAUUUUUGGACAGUAAGAACAUGAAACCAGGGGAUAAAUUGUUCGAUAAAAUCGAUCCGGCGAUUCGCAAUUGUAAAAUUGGGAUGGCUAUUUUCUCCCCUCAGUAUUGUGAUUCUUAUUUUUGCUUGCAUGAGUUGUCUCUGAUGAUGGAAUCAAAGAAGAGAGUUAUACCAGUUUUUUGUGAUGUAAAACCUUCGGAACUUGCUAUUAAGGAUUUGAAUGUUAAUUUUCCGAAUAAGGAUUUGGAGAAGUUUAACUUGGCUCUUGAGGAGGCAAAAUACACCGUUGGACUCACAUUUGAUACUUUAAAAGGGGACUGGUCGGAAUUUCUGGUGAAAGCUUCGGAUGCAAUAAUGAAGAACUUGUACGAGGUAGAAAGAGAGAAGCUGAUCCACAGAAAAAUAUAUAUUCGUCGAAAACAACUUUUACACAACUAUUGAUCGAUGAUAAAUAAAAGAGGAUCUAUAUAUCGCUGAGUUCAACUCUAAUAAAUUCACAUUUAUUCAUUUGUUCCUUAGUUUAAUUCUUUUCUUAACCAAAGUCCUUUAGGAAGACUCAAAGGACUUGCUCCUAGCUAACACAUUCAAUAUUCAUUAUUCAUUAUUUUCAAUAAUUUUGUCAUGUAAGUCAUGUUUCAGACUUUUUAUUGCCGAGUAAGUUGGGAUUUCCGACAAUUAUUGAUGUAAUUGUAAAAAAAAUUCAGGUUGUUUUUG